GGCCACGGUGCAUUGCCGUGGUUGCGCGCACAGGCGGCGGAGGUGGGGCAGGUGGAGGGAGAUGCUGGCGAGAGAGAGCGACGCAGACUGACCGCCACACACGCAGCUUUCAGACCUCGGCACCAGAUACACAGAGUCUUCCUCGCCCAGAAGCAGCGACUCCAUCACAGGUUCAAAGGGAGAGGCAAAAUGCUGUGGAUCGCCAUUGUUUUGUUAUGCGGGACUGUUAGGCAGCUGGAGGCAACCUGCCUGGCGACUGGGAGCCACAAAGCUUCCCCAAGCCCUGAACCAGAUCUUCGCGACUGCCCAUUAUACUCGAAGAAUGCUUGCUGCUCGGCAGAUACGUACGACAAGAUGAGUACCUCACCAGAGACCCUGUCCUGGAACAGAUGUGGACCCUUAAGCACAAAAUGUGAGCGGUUCUUCAAGCAGCUGUCGUGUUUCUACCACUGCUCCCCGGACACCACAAUUUGGGCAAAUUCGAAUUUUUCCAAUCACCUUCUGAACGUACCUCUCUGCCACGGCUUCUGUGGCCAAUGGUACAAAGCUUGCAAGAAUGAUCUGACCUGCACGAGGAACUGGAAUUCUGGCUUAAGGUCAUCAAAUGCCACUGAGACCAACUGUACCUCAGAAUGUAUUCCUUUUAGUAAGAUGUACAAGAGCGGAAAGGAUUUGUGCGAGAGUACUGAAGGAGACUCUUUCAAGGUCAGAUCCUGCAACUGCUUGAACAUGGACAAGGACGACGAGCAAGUGAUUAAAAGUGUGAUACAGGGGGACAGCACCAAGGUCGGCGUUACCGCAAAGCCCGAAUGCAGAGAGAAGCGUAGCACCAUGAACAAGCUGAAGCUCUCCAUCCGCAAGCGCUCCCUCUUUGUAGAAGACAUUGAUGGCAGUGGAAGUGGGUUCCCGACAACUGAUUAGUUCAACCACAGUCGCUAACUUUUAUUUUGCGUAGUGCUGUUCUUGUUAACAAGAUGUCCCCUCCUGUGUUUAUGCUGAUAAAAAGCUCCAAAGGUAUCACUCACUGCUACACUGGCAAUUACCCAGCCUUUCCCUAACCCCAGUCAUUUUCUUCUGAGCAUGUAACCUUGGUCAUGGGGAGAAGGCAGGAGAAUGGGGUUGAGAGAGUUAAUAAAUCACAUAAUGGCAUUGUGGACCAGACUUGAUGGGCAAAAUGUCCUAAUUCUGCUCCUAGGUUUUAUGUCCAUGAGCAUAUUCAAACAUUUUUCUCUUCCAAGCCCAGUGCUAUAUAGGUAUAGCAGCAAGAAUGACAGUAGAGCAGAAUGAUUAAACGUGUUUCCUGAGUCAUGUUGGCCACUGUACACGCUGGAGUACAGUGCAGAAGUGAUGGACUGGGCCCACCGAAAUUAAAACACACACACUCAAAAGCCAGGCUAAAAAGAGAGAGCCCACCCCGGCGUGCAAUUCUCAGCUAAUUCACUGCAUAAUCAGCCGGUCACUUGCCACGUUCUUACAAUCAGUCUGAUACAGUUUACCCACUAUUAAGCCAAGAGCCUCAAAUGAGAGUUCAGUAGAGGUAAAAUAUCUCCCAGUCCACGUGAAGCCCGUCCCUGUCCCACGUUUCCUAGGCUAUUCUCCCCUCUCUCAGUCUAUCCAUCUCAGUUACCUAAGCCCAUCACCCCUGCUAGGGCAUGUGGCAGUCCUCUAUCCUGGGCCAGUCCUUCAAGUUGUCCCAGGUGUAGCCCAUCUUCUCGGUGACAGCUUCAAGGUCACAUUACCAGGUGAUCUUCGGCCUGCCUUUCUUGAUCACCCCUGUGGUUUCCACAAACUUGCAGCUUUCACCACACAGCUUCAUACAUAGGUCCUCUCCCAAGGCUAAGGACUUCGGAGCUUCUGUUGGCGUUUCUGUAGUGCAGGGUUUUAAUGGAAUGGGCUUGGGACCAUACAUGGAGGAGGUCACUAAUUAGUUAAAAAAAAUUCAAAGGUAACAUUCUGAGGGGUACAAUGGGAGGCAACACUCUUUCGGCUGGUUGGUCUAUCAAGAGAUGGUUAGAUAUUUAUUUAUUCUCAGCUGCCUCUAGCUAAAACCAUGUUAAUCACCAUUUACAACAUUGCACACAGAAGGGUUGGCCUCUUUGAGGAAACAGCCAAAAUAAACUGAAAUGUGGGAUCAUUCCACCCAAAAAUUGGUUAAGUGGAUCAUAAAGCCUUCUCCAGUGCUCAAAUCAUUAACUACUUUCUGUUUUCACUCCAAAGUCCUUUCAAUCCAAUCAAUGUAUCUAAUUUUCCUUGGCAAGUUCACAGUUUAAUCCACAUAGUGAUAUCCUGUGGAUUAAACGAGCAAGCACCUGAAAGUUAUAUAACUUCUCCCUAAAAAGUACAACUUCCUGACAGUAAUAGUCUCACAGCUAUGACCUACAUUCAUACGUGUGGGUUCAAAGCCAUUAUUUUGGCAGCGUGUUUAAACAACCUCCUUUAAUCUUAGGUUUCAAUCCUGCAAAAAACAAUUGUCAAGUAAACCUACUGAAAUGUAUCCUAUCCCAAAUAGGUUCCAUUUUUACUUUUAAAAAUUCCUAUGAUUACUGUAGCAAAUUCAGAUUCAACAUUGUACGUCUGUUCUCUAGUUCCUUGCCAACCAAAUUAAACAGCCAGUUGACAUCCAGGCUUGCCUACAUUUUAAAAAUAUAAAUCACAUCCUCCCCACAAAACUUAAAACAAAAUUUAUCCACAGUUAAUAUCAAAAAUUCACCUGUAAACAUCAUCUUGGCAAAGCCCAUCUCUUUUAACUCUAAUUAGCAAAUUUAUUGAACUGGGUGCUUAUUUUUGGGUGAAGAUCUUCUUAAAACCAACCUACAUUAUCGCCAUGAGCUAGCAGAUUUUUGAAAAUCCAGCUGAAAACAAGUGCAAUUCACUUCUAGCUCCUGUAAAGAGGAAAACAGGGGAAUUUACCUUGGGCACCUUCUAUCGUCGUAAGACUAAGGUUAUAAAAACUUUAUACAGUCUGUACUUCCCACUCUUUGAGGACUGUUGGGGAAUAGAAGAAAACCAAACUGCAGUCUCUGCUUGGAUAAAUGCAAAGAUGUAGUUUACAUGCUGGUUUUAAUAAAUUAAUCAUUAUUGCUUUCAAAAUUUCUCAACUAAAGAGUUAUUUUUCGGCCCAUGUCUAUUUUUCUUUAUGUAUAGAAUUGUAGACAAUAAUGCUCCUUAUGUAAUAGAAUGACAUGCAAUAACUAAGGAAUAUUAGUGUAAUCUGGUGACUAUUUGAGGAAAUAGCGCUGCCACAUGGGGGUAAAACGCUAUUCAUUGUUCAAUACUUCGGUUGAUGUGAAACACAGUUAUUCAACACACUCAUGGGAUUUCAAUGAAACACAGCACUCACAGAAAAGUCAUUUAGUUCUUACAAUAUUUUCACAUUGCUCUGUUGCUCUCAUAGUUCAGGGCAAAAAUUGAUGAUUCAGUGAGUCUUGGCCCAAGUGAAUAUUGUUUAGUCAAUUCUCAAGUAUGAACAAUGGCGGUCUACUUAACUGAGCAGAGAUAGAAGCUCUCUCAAAGUUCAAAGUAAAUUUAUUAUUGACGUAUAUUUACGUCACCAUAUAUACUACCCUGAGAUCCAUUUUCUUGCAGGCAUUCACAGUAGAACAAAGAAAUACAAUAGAAUCAAUGAAAAGCUACGCACAAAGACUGACAACCAAUGAGUGAAGGACACAAUGUAAAUAAAAAUAAAUGCACAAAUAAAUUAAAUACUGAGAAUGGAAGCCCUUGAAAGUGAGUCCAUAGGUUGUGGAAUCAGUUCAGUGUUGAGGUAAGUGAGGUUAUCCAUGUUGGUUCAGAAGUCAGGUGAUUGAAAGUUAUUGACUGUUCCUGAAAACUGGUGGUGUGGGACCUAAGGCUCCUGUACCUCCUCCCUGAUGGCAGCAGUGGGAAGGGUGCAGGGCCUGGAUGGUGGGGGGAGAUGUGAAGGUAUCCUUGAUGAUGGCUGAUGGCUGUGCUCAUUGUAGAUGUGCUCAGUGGUGCAGGUUUUUUUUCCUGUGGUAGAGUGGAUUGGAUCCACCACCUUUUGUAGGUUUUGUCUCGGCCCUACAAAUCAAACUUUUUUUUAACUGAAUCCUUGGAUACAUUUUGUAUGUCACAAAUAUCCUUUCUGGCAUGAGAGUGCUAAAACUGCAUUGUAACUAUAGCGUUCAGUACAAUUGGGUUAACCAUAAAUAGCACAUUAUUGAUAUUACAAACAAUGAAGGAACACUGCAAUAAACUUUAGAUCUCCCUAUUGACAUCUAAGUGUUUAAUUACUUGAAAAUUAAGGCUAAAAUAGGUGGCAAUUUGUUCACUCUCCCUUUUAUAUACAGUUCCUAAUUAGGUAUGGGAAAUGUGGAUGAGAAAUGUGCAGGGCACAACAAAAAUUAUUAUCCUCCAUUUGAUCAUCCUCAUUCUGUACAGUUAAUGUACGAAAUACCAAUUUUCCCCACAACUUCAACUCCAGACCUAACUCCUGAUAGAAGGGGAUGGAAGAUGAAAGUCAUUCUUGUGUUGCAGACAUUUCCUUUGGACUAAAUUAUCAGCAUCCUCCUGUUCACACAAUAUACUAGAAUCAUGCCCCAAUCUAGUACUUUCAAAAUUUAAAAAAAAAAUGAGUUUCCUGCAGCCUUGUUUUUUUGUAUUUUAGACUAAGUAACUGCUGUAUUGUCUAGUGAUUGUUGGUUAUAAAGUCUAUCUACUAUUCGGGCCACCCAUGAUGGACUCCGGCCCUAUGCAGAGUGUGCUGUAGACAGGAACGUUAAGAAAUAGUUGUCCUUGUAUAAAUGGAUAGUGCACUUUGUUUCUGCUUCUAUUGUAUUUUAUUAACCGGGUAUCUGUCCCUAUACUACAAAUGUUGUGCAAUUCUACAGAACUGUUGAGAUUUACUAAUAAAAACAGGAACCAUGGUGAUAAAAAA